AUGUCGACUCCCUACAAUUACGACAAACUCCGCGACAAGCAUGUGCUCGUUUUCGGUGGCACGUCGGGCCUGGGCUACGCAGUAGCCAAGGCUGCCCUCGCCGCUUCGGCGCGAGUCAGCUUCUCAACUUCUUCGUCGGAUCGGAUCCAAAAGACAAUCCAGCGACUAGUCGCAGAAUUCCCCGGCACAGAGUCGAAGAUCCAGGGCUAUGUGUGUGAUCUGUCGAAGGAGACAGCCGAACAAGAGAUCGAAAGCCUCUUUAGCAAGGCCGGGCGUGUCGAUCAUAUCGUCUAUUCUGCCGCCGACCACCUGCCAUUGAUGCCUCUUCAAGAGAUUACGCGCGAGAAGCUUGUCGCAGCUGGCCAAUUACGAUUCUUUGCACCGCUUCUGGUGGCGAAAGUCGGUGCUCGUUACCUCACGGCAGGACCGGAGUCGUCGCUGACUCUGACGAGUGGAACGAUCCAUGAACGUCCCACGGAGAACUGGACAGUCCUCGCGGGCUACAUGGGAGGCGUAGUCAGUAUGACGCGGAACCUGGCUGUGGAAAUGAAGCCCGCGCGGGUGAAUGUUGUCAGCCCCGGGCUGGUAGAUACGGAGAUGUGGGAUGCGAGCUUUUCGCAAGAGGAGAAGCAAGGCUUUUUCAAUCUGCUGGCUGGGAAACACCUGACUGGGCGGGUCGCCCGACCGGAAGAAGUUGCGGAGGCAUAUAUUUACCUGAUGAAAGACUCGAAUGUGACUGGGCGAGUGAUUAGCUCUGACUCGGGCAGUGGGAUCGUCUAG